CUUAUCAAUAUAAUAGAAAAUCUUUGCUGUGGAUCAGGCGCUGUCAGGUGCAAAGCUGCUAAUGACACUGCCGCAGCUCCAUUAAAAGUACAGAAUGUGCCACGAACGAAGAACAAGAGCUGCUUUCUGAUUCUCUCCGAGGAGAGAGAGAGAGAUCAACCAUGGCCAGCUGGCGGAGAGAGAGCCCGCGGAUCCGGGCAGGACAGGGAGGUAGCAGCCUGAGAACAGCGAGGAAGCACCGGCAGAAAGAUCCAUCCAGCGAGGGGCUUUUGGCUGACAGCGACCCCAAACUGUUCGGCUUUUCCUCCCCGUACCUCUGCAUCAUGCACUCGCUGACCCAUUUCUUGCUGGAAAAAAUAUAUUCGCAAAAGAAGUGCUUUCAAGGACGCCCAGUAGUUUUUCACCUUGUUUUCUAUCCCUCUGUGUACAUCGGGUUGCAGAUCCUGAUUGGGAAUAUUAACACGCUGACCGAGCACGUUAGAAUAGUCUCUGCCACUCAUCUCGUAGUUCACUACCUACUGGCCCUGUACUUCACCCAAGUUUUCCACAAGGGGCUUGCGCGGCUGCGCUACCACUGCCCCGGGAAACGGACCAUGUCUACCCCGGCAGAGCGCACCCUGGAGUCGCUGCCUAAUAACGGUCUGCCCGAUGUUGUGCGAUUCCUCUUCUUUGGAAUGCACGGCUUUCUGGACGAGAUCAUUUUUACCUCGAUAUUCAACCUUGUGGAGAAUUUGGACCGGACCAUGAGCGGCCACACGUCCCUGUGGUCCUUCCUGAUGUACGGGAGCUGCAGCUUCGUGGUAGAGAAACUCUACCUUCAUUUACGCUUCAGACGGGGCUGGAGCACCUGGAGGCGGCUCCCCAUCUAUAUCUGCUUCAUCUACACCUGGGAGUUCUGUUGGGGGCUGGCGCUGCGGCAGUACGGCGCAUGCUCAUGGGAUUAUUCCCACUAUCCAUUCAACUUCAUGGGCCUGAUCACGCUCCUCUACCUGCCCGGAUGGGUCUGCAUCAGUCUCUACCAGGAUAUUCUGUCCAACGUUCUGCUGCGCGUGGUGGUGUGUGCCAAAGACGAGGAGUGAGGGCACUCAGGGGCAGGGCGCUGACAUCAACGUAUGUCCUGUGUCCAGGAAAGACAACUGUAUUAUAGGCCUAGGCCACAAUUGAUUUAGGGACUAUUGAUACUAAUACAAAUAAAGAAGAUGACAUUUAAGAUGAUCAAUUGUGUACCCGCACUUUGUAAAAAAAUCAUGUGUAUUUCCCCAGUGGAAAUGUGGUACUGAUGUAGCUGUUUAGACAGCCUCUUUUUAUCGGUGAUUCCAACGAAUAGCCUAUCAAUUUGUUACAGGUAGCCUAAACACACAGGCAUGCCUUGCCUGGCAUGUGACGACACAUAGACAUGCCUUCUGCUGUGAUGACAACUGCUAUUUCUUACUUUGAUGCAGAUGAAACAAUAAUAUUUUACAUUUUACACUUAAUUUGCUUGCUCAUGGUUUUAGAGCUGUGAAUUAUUUAAACUAUAUUGACAAAGUCAGCCAUAUUGCAUGGCAGGCACCAUUUUGACUUGUUUGGUCUCUUCAAUCCCAGUGCAUGCUUUGAGCUCAUUUCUGCAUGGCUGCAUUAUGCACAUUCAUGAUCACUUAAUUGCUUAAAUCUUAUUUUCUUUAAAAAAUGCAUGACAUUUGGAAAUAAAAUGGGUUCUAAAAAAAGUUCAAAAUGUAUGUAGCAGGAGAUCGAACGAACGGGUCGUGGACCGAAUUAAUUUCACUGUGAAUAGUUUUCUGAACCAAACCUUGACCUUACUGUGUUGGAGUGCCUUUCUGAGCAAACCUACAGACAGCUGGACUAAAGACAAACUGAACUUUCACUGUGGGCCAGUGUCCCCCUAGUCAUGGCUGACCUAAAAAAGGAAGCUCAAUGUGGAAUUGAAAGUGCUUUUUAGUCUACAACUAUAGGCUUAAUCUGGGUCAUGUAAACAGACAGUGUGCCAGUCAGACAGACCCUGAGGAUCAGAUUUAACCUUCUCCCUUCUUUACAUAGGGACAUCUCCCAAUCUGAACUACACUGUGGGCCAAGGUCCCCCCCCCGCCUAAUCCUGGCUGAACUAAAAAAACAAAGCUCAACGGGGAAUCUCCAGCCCCCAGGCUUGUAAUACCUAACGUUUAUAAAGCAGCGGCGCACAUGUCAGCGUUUUAUGGUUUACACUCGACAGGUUGAUCUGUCGUGGGCAAUAUCAGGAGUCAGCAGACCUGGGUUCAAAUACUACUUGAAAUCUUUCAAGCACUUUCACUGUUUGUUUUCACCUGCCUGGAGAGCCAGAUGGAUGGGUUUUGGCGUUUUGAAUGUUUGUGACUAUUGAAUUGGUUCCACACCAGGAAAGCUCAAGCAAGCCUAGCAAAAAAAAGUAUUUGAAAUUAUUUCAAAAUAGUAUUUGAAUCCAGGUCUGGGAGUCAGGUGUGGAGCAUGUAUAGUAUAAUUACUUGGGAUCAACCUCCAUGUAUCCUUUGUCCUUUGGCAUUGAUCUUUCUGCCUGUUUUAUUUCCUUGUUUGCACUUGUACCACACGGUAAAGUCACCAUGUUCUCUCUGAGGGACCAAACACAUACAGUAUGUGUGAAUACCUGGCACUGUGACUUCACUAGCAACCUGUUCCAACAUUAUACUCUUUCCGUUUUAUACUCUCUCCGUUUGGAAACGUAUAGUUUUAGCUCUACUGAUUUUAUGAUUCUCUAGCAUGUUUUUAAUGCAUUUUACGGCCUGCUGUCGUCAGUCCUGGGGAUUCCGUGAAACUAAGGUUGGAGGUAACUGAAAGCUGGUACUGAUGAGUAAUACUAGUGCAGGGAAAAAUAUCUUUUAACAUGAUGUUAUUGAAAUAUUUCAACUUUUACACAUGUUGAUUUUUGUCAGAUGAUUACGAAUAUGUCAUGCCGUGAGAGUUUCCCUUGCCUCCUCAAACAAACAAUACCUUCCACUCUUCUGGAGACUGACACUGGACUGAUUGAAAUAACAAGAUUAUUUUCCUUGUG